AAUUAACAUUUUUAGCGUACCUUUUUGUUCGCUGUAGGAAGUCCACCAAAGAAGCGGUAUUUUCAAGGAAGUCGUGCCUAAUCUGUCUACCUUUUAUGUUAUACAACCUCAAAACUACAAGAUGUUGGACUUGUCCAAAAUUAAGGAGGAUUUCUCAUUAAUGGUGAAGGAAGCCCAGCCAUGGACCCUCACACAAUUUGUCAUGUGGCUCGACCUUAAACUGUCUGAAUACAAAAUUAAGGGCUAUAUGGUGCUAGAUCAUGAGAAAACAACUAAACCCCGUUGGUUAAGUCCGGAUGAUGAUAAUGAUGCGGGCAAUGAUGUGGCCCCUCAGCCACCAAGCUGUCCAAAGUGUACCUCUAACAAUCCAGGACAAUCAAGGGCAGAUAACUCAAAUCAGAUACAGCAAAGAAGAAACCAAAACACAUUUCAGCGGCAGCAACAAAGAAAUAGAAAUUUGCAUUUUCGGCGUCAAGGGAAUGAAUCAUAUAUAAACGAAGUUCUUAAUGUAGGGGACAAUGUACAAAAUUCCAGUUCAAGGGGAGGUAAUAAAGACAUGAUGCCGCAAGUUAUAUCGUUAGAACCUGCUACCGACCUAACAGCAGAGGACAUCAAAGAAAUGGACAAAGUUUUUCAAAGCAAAGAUUCGUCAAAUGUUGAUGAUGAUGUUGUAGAGAUAACGCAUCCUGCUAGCAGGGGACUUCAGCGCCACCGUAGACCUCUAGUUUCAUCCACAGUAACAUCAAAACAAGAAAGCAGUCAUGGUUUUAUAACAGCUGGGAGCAUGACAGGGUCAUCUUUUAUACAGGAGGGACAUGAUCAGGAAUCAUUCUCGCGUCCUCCUCGAGAAGAUUCCCCACCCAAAAGACAGGUAGCCAUGGUUGACUUAUCCCGUGCAUCAGUUCCAGAAGAAUCUGAAUCAUCUUACGACCCACCACCACCCAGUAUUAGACCCGAAUUGUUAAUGAGUGCUAGAAAUGAGUCGUCACAAAACAUGUCUCAGAACCACCCAGCAUCCAGCAGUGGUUUGUCUGAGCAGCCCGUCGCGAUGCCUGUACCAGUAGCACUCCAUGUAGCGAGGCCUAGUGACCCGGGAGGGUCAACACCUAUGGAAACCUCCUCCUCCAUUGAUCCAUCCACCACAGAAAUCAAACAAGAAGUUAACGACGGUUUCGACGAUUGUUUCCUAACAGGUACAGAUGAACAGAACAGUCAGAUGUAUAUGAUGGGCGACAACAGUUUAUCGGACAGCGAAGCAAGUUUUAAUCAAGGACAGGCAUACUCCCCACAACAGAACCCCGGCGCUGGUGGCAUGACUCCUCUCGGCUUUGGUCAAGGUCUUUACACUGUAGGCGAACAAGAAGUUGAUUUACCGAAAUUCGAAGAUCCCUUAGUGCGACGAGUAUUAGAAGACGGUGCUGCCCCCUCACGACAUAUGUGGUCCAAGAUUAUCACGAGAUGUGCGUAUCAUAUGCUGUCGAAAGGAGUCCCACACAAACAUGACUAUCAGUUGUUCAGUAAAGCCUUUUAUCUGCGAUAUCCAUGUAUAGGAACGAAUCGAGGGCCUAAUCCAUGGUGGGAGUUUGCUAAAGGUGUUUCCCAAAAAGUGCGCAACUUACGUAAGCAAUUUCGUAGCCGGCAACACUAUCUGGCCAAAUCUUUAACUACUCCUGAAACCUCGGCCUCGGCUGACUCUGCAGGUGUGCAGUAAAACCAGACCAUAGGUACAGUUUUAAAACGACCUGACUUCAGUUUCUCAGAUUCUCAGAUUUCUUUGUGAAACAGUCAGCAUGCUCCCAGUUCUCAGAAUGUCUACAUUGUCUACAGAAAAUAACAAAAUAAUUACCUGAAAAAGGCUUUGCAAUUUGGCCAACAAACUUCAAAAGGGAAGAAAAUUUUGGAAUUUUGGAAAGUUGAUUUUGAAGGUGUUGUAAUAUGUGGAGGAAGUUUUCUGGAAUGACAGCCAGUAAUGUAAUUGAGUGUGAAGGUGGAUAUUUAAGGUUUAUAUUUAAUUCACAAUCUGAAUAUCUAUGAUACAAAAUUAAACAAAAUGUUAAGACCCUCUGGUUUUGAUUUAUAAGAUAAGUUUUUAAUCACUUGACCAAGACACCCCUUUCCUCAAAGGACUCCUGUAAAAACAUUUUGAACUUUAAUUAAGCUGACUCAAAUCAUAUUUAUUCUCCAAUGAAAUAUUAUUAUUGAUGACAUUUGUGAAACAGGUGUUACAAGUACCCCUUGUCAUGGGACAGUUGAACUACUGUUCUUAAUUUUAUAUUUAAUUUUGAAGAAAAAUAUUUAUUGUAUGUCACAAGAUGCCGUGUAUUUAAAUAAUCCACGUUAUGUGUAAAGUUGUAAUCGUAAUUGUAAAUAUCUGUGUACCAUAUACCACACAUAGUAAAUUUAUUACAAUUUAAUUAAGUAUUAAGUUUGUCUGUAGCAGCAAUUUGACGAAAGAGAAUUGACCCAGAAUCGCGAAUCGCGUUCCAGAUGUAUUCAGAUAGAGUCCUAAGUCUGUCUGGUUUUGUACUGUAUACAUGUACAUACAAUAUAUUUUAUUACUCAUCAAAUACUAUUAAUAUGACAUGUUGCUCCGUAUGUACAGGUCUUCCUAUAGUAAAAAGGGGUGUGGCUUUCGUUACGGAAAUCAGUUACUGCUUACGUAUUAUCAUCUUUUUUAUACCAAAUUUUUUUUUCCUUUUUUUUUUUAAGUCGACAUGUGCAGUUGACAAGUUCUUAAGAUGAUGCAUAUUUCAUCACCAAAGGCAUGUGAUGUAUGAAAACAGGGUACUAUAUCUGUGUUGGAUAUUUUACCAGGCCUGAUAUCAUCACAUAGACCUGUGUGAAAUCCUCGUUAAAUAUCUAUAUGAUACUGAUGAAUCACCAGCAUGGUGUUAAUCGUUGUAUACAGUUAUUGACUUCUUAUCAGGAUCAUUGAGGAAUCAUAAUAAAAGUGUUAAUUUAACAUUAAUCAUUUAAUCAUUUUCAUCCGAGUACAUGAGAAAUAUAUCAACAUAACUUAUUAUAUAGUGACAAUAAUAUUAAAUUACUGCUGUGUGUUGUAUUCAUUUGACCAUUUCCCUCGAUUUCAUUGUUGUUAUACGUGAAAGGUUUAAAUUGUACAAGGUAUACUUGUUCACUAGAACUGUUGUUUGACUUCAUGGUUUGAUCAAUGCAAUGCAUUAACAGUUCUGCAGGAUUCUAGAAAUGAAAAAUUUAAACUAUAUUAUUAACAUUGAUAUUUAUUUGUAAAGAGAAACCUUCACCAAAUCAUUAGUAGUGUAUUCUGUAAUAUAAUAUAAGUCAUAGAGAAAAUAAUUUUGUCAGAAGAAGAAAAUGUGAAACAUUCAUAGACAUCUGACACUAUAUAAAUAGUUAUUAUAUACUAUCUACGUAUUGUUUUGUUUUAUUUUAGCCGACAGUUCAGGAGUAAAAUUUAAGGUUAUAAAUUACAUGUAUAGGUGUUUUGACAUGUAUAAUCUAUAUCUUAUACUACUUUGUAUAAUGUACAGUAUACUACUUUGUAUAAUGUACAGUAUACUACUUUGUAUAAUGUACAGUAUACUACUUUGUAUAAUGUACAGUAUACUACUUUAUAUAAUGUACAGUAUACUACUUUGUAUAAUGUACAGUGAACUGACAAAAAUAUUCGUAUUGUAAAUGUUUCCUAUUUUGUUCCAUUUGUAAUGUUUUGAAUAAAUUUUGUUAUCUCAAA